UAAUGACACCAAAAACCCUUCGUGAAGCCAUCCUCUAAUAAAAAUCGAUUUAUCGAAUUGGCUUAAUUUGUGCAGGUCACCAACGUGCUCUUAAAUUUCUAUACCAAAAUAGAACGGCCCUUGCACUCCCUCGGCCAUUUUUCGUCUUAAAACUUGCAUUCCAUGUCAUGCGCAGCGGGCAGGCGAGGAAUCAACAGCGCCCGAAAUUGGCUUGUUGAACCCCGAGACUACAUACAACUUAUACACUUCUGUAUUUCCUCUAAAUCAUUAACUCUUGCCAAAAUUAUCCACCAGCAUUUCCUCAAAAGCAACUUUACUAGCAGCCCUGCUAUUUCUGAAAAACUCACUCGUUUAUACAUUACUUGUAGCCAGCUUAAUCUUGCUCGUCGCUUAUUUAAUAAUAUCCCGGAGCCUGUAAAGAAAUCUAAUGUUGUUAUUUGGAAUCAUUUGAUAAGAGGGUAUGCUUGGGAAGGCCCGUAUCAUGAAGCUAUUGAUCUAUAUAAUGAAAUGAUUGAUUUUGGGGUUAGGCCUAGUAAUUAUACUUACCCUUUUGUUCUUAAAGCUUGUUCUAGCUUACAAGUUGUUGAUGAUGGUAAAAUGGUUCAUGAUCAUGCGGAGAGAAAUGGGUUUGACAAGGAUGUCUUUGUUUCGACUGCUUUGGUUGAUUUUUACGUGAAAUGUGGGUGUUUAGAGGAUGCGCGGAAGGUGUUUGAUGGAAUGUGUGACAGAGAUGUUGUUGCUUGGAAUGCGAUGAUUUCGGGGGCUUCUAUUCAUGGGUUGUAUGAGGAGGUGAUUGAGUUGGUUGUGCGCAUGCAGGAUGCUGGAUUGGGGUUGAAUUCUUCGACUGUUGUCUCGGUUCUUCCCGCUAUUGGGGAGUCGAGUGUGUUGAGUGCUGGGAAGGCUGUGCAUGGGUAUUGUGUCAGGAGGGGUUUUUGGAGUGAAGUGAUGGUGGGGACUGGGCUUCUGGAUAUGUAUGCCAAAUGUGGGUUGUUAGAUUAUGCGAGGAAGGUUUUUUAUGCAAUGGGUGUUAAAAAUGAGGUUAGUUGGAGUGCUAUGAUAGGGGCAUGUGUUAUAUGUGAUUCCACAGGGGAAGCACUGGUGCUGUAUGAUCAAAUGAGAAGUGAGAAUUCUGUGGAUCCAUCACCUGUUUUACUUGGAACUGUUCUUCGUGCUUGUGCCAAGCUGAUUGAUUUGAGGAGAGGGAGGCAGAUUCAUGGUUACGCAAUGAAGGCAGGGUCUCUUGUGGAUCUUAUGGUGGGAAACACGCUUCUUUCUAUGUAUGCCAAGUGUGGGCUUAUAGAUGAUGCAUCAAAAUUCUUGGAAGAAAUGGAUUGGAAAGAUUCAGUCUCCUUUAGUGCUGUCAUCUCGGGGUGUGUGGGGAAUGGCUAUGCGGAGGUGGCAUUGAAAUUUUUCAAAAGGAUGCAGGGAUUUAAGAUAAAGCCUGAUGUAGCGACUAUGAUAGGUUUUCUCCCUGCUUGUUCACAUUUAGCAGCUCUAAAACAUGGAGCUUGUGGUCAUAGUUAUUCUAUUGUGCGUGGAUUUACAUCAGAUACAUCAAUUUGUAAUGCACUCACUGACAUGUAUUGCAAGUGUGGAAAGGUUGAUAUAGCUAGACUAGUUUUUGACAGAAUGCAUACAAGGGAUAUUGUGUCAUGGAAUGCAAUGAUUGUUGGUUAUGGAGUUCACGGGCUUGGUGCUGAAGCAAUCUCGAUGUUCUAUCAGAUGCUAGCUGAGGGUUGGAAACCAGAUGAUGUGACUUUUAUUGGUCUAUUAUCAGCUUGUAGCCAUUCUGGACUGGUUGCUGAAGGUAAGCGUUUCUUUAUUUCUAUGACUCAGGAAUUUAAAAUCUUCCCCAGGUUAGAACACUAUUUGUGCAUGGUGGAUCUUUUGGGCCGUGCAGGACUACUGAAUGAAGCCCAAGAUUUCAUCAAAAAGAUGCCAUUUCAGCCUGAUGUACAGGUCUGGAGUGCCCUUCUUGCUGCUUGUAGAGUACAUAAGAAUGUUGAGUUGGGAGAAGUGGUGUCAAAGAACAUCCAGACCCUGGGCCCUGAAAGUACUGGAAACUUUGUACUUUUGUCUAAUAUCUACAGUGCUGCUGGAAGAUGGGAUGAUGCAGCUGAUGUGAGAAACUUACAGAGGGUUUGUGGUUAUAAAAAAUUGCCGGGAUGCAGUUGGGUGGAAGUUAAUGGGGCAAUUCAUGCUUUUGUUGGCGGAGAUAAGUCACACCAGCAUUGGGAAGAAAUAAUUGAGAAACUAGAGGAACUGCUUGGUGAUAUAAAGAAACUGGGAUAUAGUGUAGAAUCUAGUUUUGUACUCCAUGAUGUUGAAGAGGAGGAGAAGGAACGAAUUCUCCUCUACCACAGUGAGAAGUUAGCCGUUGCAUACGCUCUUCUUAUGCUGAGUCCAAACAAGCCCAUUCUUGUGACUAAGAAUUUACGGGUCUGUGGUGAUUGUCAUUUAGCCUUGACAUAUAUAUCCAUGAUAGAGAAGCGUGAGAUAAUUGUAAGGGAUGCCAGUCGAUUCCAUCAUUUUAGGAGUGGAACUUGCAGCUGCGGAGGUUUCUGGUAAGUUGAGGUGUGAGAAUUGAAGUAAAUCCUUAUGUACUACAAUUAUACAUGAUACAUGACCUGGAUAGAGUCUGUCUCUUCAUUACCUGGAUGAAGACAGCAUACUGCAAGCUUUCAACCUUAAGGUGCAACCUUUGCUCUUGAGAGAUGAUGAUUGAAUUGAACAAACUCACUCAGUCAAUUACUGAAUUAAACAAACAGAUGGAAGCCAACCCUAUUAUUAUUAUAUUGUUUGCUUAGAGGAUAAAAACACAUAUUAUCAAAAUUAUAACUAUUUUUCCAGCGAUACAAUCUGUGGAUUGGGGGUAACCAUCUGCCAUGUGGGUAGCCAAGUUUCAUCCCAUAAUGCCUUUACAGUUUGAACAUUGACAUUUACAGUUUGGACACUGGAGUCCUGUAACUGCUGCACUUCUAGAAUUCUGACAUGGAGAAGUUCUUUCCGACUUCUAUGCACAUUUGGUUAUGCAAACACCUGCUAGACUUGGGCAGAGAGAGAGAUUUGUUUCAGAAGAUUGAGAACUGUGUUGGGUGGAUGACUGCACUUGCAUUUUUGAGUUCCUGAAGAGUAUCACUUUAUAAGUUUCGAGAGACCAGAAUUCAUAUUUUACUGUAUUUCAGUUCCAGAACAUAGAUUUGUUCAACAACCAGAUUGGAACAAGAAAAUUUCUCCGGCAGAUUAAAAUAAGAAUUGAAGUAUUGUCACGGCAAGAAGAUUGGAACAAAUUAUUCUUCAAAAGAGUUCGAAUAACAUCACAGCAAAUGGAUUAGAACGAGUCAAUCUUUAGAAGAGAUCAAAUCAUUCCAUUGUUUUUGCAGCAAGAAGAUUAUAAUUGAUCUUCAAAAGAGAGUUUAUAGUAUACAGUGAUAAGAAGGCCGGGAAAAAAAUGCCUUUGAAUUAUAUCCUUUAGGCGGAGAUAUAUAUUACCGGAAAAAUAAUAAUCUACGCUAAGAUCUUCCUGCCGGAGAGAGAUGCCCCAUCUGUUUAGUGAGGUUAUUUACAGUAUUCACACUCCACCAUGUAUGUUGACCUUCUACCAUAAGUUCACCGUUUGCUCCAUCUGCCUCCUUUCUUUCUGAUUGGACUUCUUGAGCACAAGCAGUCCUCGGAGUCUCGAGGAAAAAUUGUUCCCAGAAUGUAUCAUUAACCACAGUUGGUUGAGCUUUAGUUCUAGUCCCUUCCUGCAUCUCAUUCAAAGCAUUUAUACUGGGAAAAGCAGCAAGACUCGCAUUUGCAUCAAUUCCUGAUGGCCUAUAAUCUACAUUUAGAUAGAUUGAUGAUAGUGCAGGAUUGUCUGCAUGAUCCAUAGAAGCAGCCAACUCGGGAAAUGAAUAAAUAUCCUUAAGUUGAGAAGGGGAUGACACAGGUAAGUUAGGCGAGCCAUUGACAUCAGUAUCAGAUGAUGAUGCACUCAUUUCUGUUGUAUCCACUGGUAAAGUUUUCAGUUGUACAUCAUAAUCAGUAACUUCGUCACUCAAAGCUGAACCAAUGUCGUGGAGAAACCUCUCCAAAACCCGUAAGGAUGAAUCCAAAUUCGGUAUUAGCUCUGAACUUACAACAGAAAUUGACAUUGCAUUACUGUUGUCAUGGAAAGUUGAGAUUUGGUUCCGUCCUAUAUUAGGUUCAUCAUAUAAGUACGGGUAUGCUGCCAAUUUUCUCUUCUUACUACCAAAUCCAAAGUGAUGUGCACCAGUGGAUUUCUGCAGUAAUUGAGCGGAAAAGUUGACUGCUUGUCUCUGUCGCUGCUCCAUGUUCUUCAAAUGCUGCGCUAGUGAUCUUACCUGAAUAUCAAAUGCUUGCCUCUCCUGUCUAUGGCUGUCUAACUCUGAUUGAAGCAUACUCUUAUCACGAUUUAGCCUCUCUAUUUCAUCCUCAAAAUCUUGUCUUUCUAUGUCAGUCAACUGAUUGGAAGGAUUCCCCUGAGACUGCAUAGAAUGGCUAUGAAUCGGCUUGCGACGAUGAAUUUUUGGUAGAAGAUGUCUCUGACCUCUGGUAAAGUCCUCAUUUGCAAACUCCCAUUGAUCAGGAUCCACCUUUUUAAAACCCUGCACAAAACCAUUAACUUUUCGUUUAAUAAACUGAGAAUAUUACUUUGUUAGAAGUAAUAACAUUUGGGAAAAGCAGACACGAAAAAUCAAUCAUUUAUGUCUGUUAGAAUACAAUAUGAUCCUGGUAAGCUCUCGGAAAAGAACAUUAGUGGACGUACUUACAUAUGUAUUGAGUUGUCUAACAAAGCUGGAGAAGUUGUUGUGCUUGAAGUAAGUUGGAAGCAGAAAACGAGCAAACUCGGGCGGAUUCCAGACAACGAAGCUCCGUCCAUCAUGACUCCAAGAGACAAUAGAGUCUGUCAUAGGAUCUUCCAUCA